AAUUUUGAUAUUUUAUUCACCGAAAUUUGAAAAUAAACAAACCCUUCUUCUUUCCCUCUUUCUCCUUUGUUGUAUAGUUUGUUUCUUUCUUUGUUCAACGCAACAACAUAACGGCUCUCACAAAUGCAAGACAUUUUCGGAUCAGUUCGCCGGUCACUAGUCUUCCGUCCAUCACCGGAGACAACCGAAGAUCAUUCACUCGGAGGAACAACCCUAGUUGAUAAGAUCGGUUACUGUAUUCGUAAUUCUAGAGUUUUCUCUAAACCUUCACCACCGUCUCCUCCGAUUCCUAAAGAAACUGUCCCUCAAAUCCGAUGGCGAAAAGGCGAAUUAAUCGGUUGUGGUGCUUUUGGUCAAGUUUAUGUUGGAAUGAAUCUCGAUUCUGGAGAGCUUCUUGCUGUUAAACAGGUUUUGAUUGCAGCAAGUAGUGCUUCGAAGGAGAAGGCACAGGCUCACGUAAAAGAGCUAGAGGAAGAAGUUAAACUGCUUAAAGAUCUUUCGCAUCCCAACAUUGUUAGAUAUUUGGGUACGGUCAGAGAAGAAGAUACCUUAAAUAUUCUCCUUGAGUUUGUUCCUGGUGGAUCCAUAUCUUCACUGUUGGGGAAGUUUGGAGCUUUUCCUGAGGCCGUCAUAAGAACUUACACGAAGCAGAUAUUACUUGGACUCGAGUACUUGCACAAAAAUGGAAUCAUGCACAGGGACAUUAAGGGGGCCAAUAUUCUUGUAGAUAAUAAAGGAUGCAUAAAAGUAGCAGAUUUUGGAGCAUCCAAACAGGUCGUUGAGCUGGCCACCAUUUCUGGUGCCAAGUCUAUGAAGGGUACUCCAUAUUGGAUGGCUCCUGAAGUUAUUCUCCAGACUGGGCAUAGCUUCUCUGCUGACAUAUGGAGCGUGGGUUGUACUGUGAUUGAGAUGGCCACGGGAAAGCCUCCUUGGAGCCAGCAAUACCAACAAGAGGUUGCUGCUCUCUUCCAUAUAGGGACAACUAAGUCUCAUCCACCAAUUCCUGAUCAUCUCUCGGCUGGAGCAAAAGAUUUCCUGCUAAAGUGCUUGCAGAAGGAACCAAUUUUGAGGCUAUCAGCAUCAGAACUGCUGCAGCAUCCCUUUGUUACUGGUCAAAAUAUGGAUUCGAUUUCUCAUUCAUCUACUGCCAUGGGAAGUUUUAGAGCAUCUUCACCAUCAUGUGCUCCAAAUGUUGAAUCCUUACUUUGCUCAACAGAAAAUCCUCAGGACUCAGGAAAUAAUCAUGUAUGGGGAAUGAACAAUGAUGAUGACAUGUGUGAGAUUGAUGACAAAGAAGAGUUCUCAGAGUGUAAUAUCAAAUACAAAUCAUUAAUGUCAGAUAAUAUUGAGAGUUUUAACCCGAUGUCUGAACCCUUGGAUGAUUGGGGCUGUAAAUUUGACGCAAGUCCAGUACUGGAAAAUAGAGAAGUUAGUUUGGACAAUGAUGAAAGUCACAUGCCAUGUGUUCAAUUAGAGUCCAAUAAGGAACAGAAAGAUUUACCCUUUCCAUGUGUGCCAUCUCUGUCAGAAGACGAUGAUGACCUAACAGAGGUCAAAAUUAAAGCCUUUCUGGAUGAGAAGGCACUUGAACUGAAAAAACUGCAGACACCUUUAUAUGAAGAGUUUUUCAACAGUUUAAAUGCAUCUUGUUCUCCCAAUGUGAUUGAUAGCCCAAGUGAUGAUACCCCUGAUAAAAAAUACUUGAAAUUACCUCCUAAAAGCAAGUCACCAAGUCGGAUGCCAAUUAGCUCUCCAUCUAAACCAGUUGACAAUGCUGUAAGUCCUGGAAGUAAUGGCAGGUCCUCAGCAACUGUUGGCAAUGUAAAUAGUCAUGGUUCACAGGAUGUUCCAGCAUCUCCCAUUAAUGAACGGAAAGGAAUGGUAGUUGACUCCCAGCAGGAGCCCUUUAGCCCAAGUUUAAGCUUUUCCGAGAGACAGAGGAAGUGGAAAGAAGAGCUCGACCAGGAGCUUGAGAGAAAACGAGAAAUGAUGCGCCAAGCCAAUACGACGGGAAAGACAUCUUCACCAAAGGAUCGAGCUUUAAAUCGACCGAGAGAAAGGACAAGAUUUGCUUCUCCCAGCUAAUAACCGUGUUGCGUUCAUCCUGUCUUUGUGAACGUCGGAUUGCUGCAGUUUUGUUGGGGUUGUCAAUGUUAUAUAUAUCUGAUAUGAUCUGAUCUAUGAUUUAAUAGUUGUCGUUUGACAUAUCACACAUGCUUAGCUCGUCCGUGCUGUUGUGUUAUGUAAAGCUUUUUAUACAGGUGUUGCUUGGAAUUUUUGGCUUGAGAUGGGUGCUCAUCUCAAGUUUAUAUGCUGAUUGUAUUAUGAAAAUAGAAAUAAUCAGAACUUUGUGGUGCACUAUGUAACUGGUGCCACUUGCCUCUGUUUUUUUCAACGGUAAUUGCAGUUUGAUUUAUUA